UGUUCCAGAAAGUCACCCUGAAAGACACAGGAUACUAUACCCUACUAGCCACAGACAAAGAUUAUCAGAGCAUGCAAGUAACUGGACAACUCCAUGUAUACCCGGAGUUACCCAAACCCAGCAUCACAAGCAACAACUCCCUCCCCGAGGAGCACAAGGACCCUGUCGUGUUAACGUGUGAACCUCAGACUCAUGACACCACCUACCUGUGGUUGAUCAACAGUCAGAGUAUCAUGAACAGUGCCAGGCUACAGCUGUCCAAGGACAACAGGACUCUCACUUUACUCCCUGUCACAAGGAAUGACACAGGACCCUAUGAGUGUGAAACCCGGAACCCCGUGAGUGCCGGCCGCAGUGACCCAUUCACCCUGAAUGUUGUCUAUGGCCCGGACGCCCCAACCAUUUCCCCCUCAGACUCCCAUUACCUACGUGGGACAAACCUCAACCUCUCCUGCCACGCAGCCUCUAACCCUCCUGCACAGUAUUCUUGGCUUAUCAAUGGAAGUUCCCAGCAACCCACACAGGAGCUCUUUAUCCCCAACAUCACUGCACAUAACAGUGGAUCCUAUACCUGCCUUGCCUAUAACUCUGUCACUAUCCUCAGGAGGACCACGAUCAAGACUAUCACAGUCCAUGUCAUCAGCUACACAACAAUGUGCUACACGACCAUAUGUGACAUUCCUACGGAGCACAGUGAAUGGUAG